UCUUCUUAUCGAAUGAGAUUGCAGCGUGGUAUGGCAGUCUGUCUCUUUGGGGUUUCAGUUGAACGUACCGUUGCAACAGUUGAAGGCAGAAUGGCAUUAUAUUUCCUCUCCUGGAGUGUAAUCCUCCACUACUACCUAUGGGAUAGCAGCUGCUCUGCAGAGCUAGUUUUUACUUCUCGUCCUAACGACAGCGUAGCCUCUCUGGAGAAGCCACUGAUGCUGUCCUGCGCGGCGUACGACACUGUCCUUCAAAGCCAAGCCGCAAUUGAGUGGUUCAGAAACUCUAGGGAACCCAUACUGGACUUGGACACCCGGGUUUACCAGCCUACCAAUGGGUCCCUGUUUUUUCCCAGCCUGCGGGCAGAUGACUUGGGGAGCUACACUUGCCAAGCAAGCUCCAGGCUUUCUGUUAUCAACACUACUUUCAGCAUAUACAAGGCCUACAUGACUCCAGUGUUUUACAGUCCUGUCUCUCAGACCGUGAAUGCAGGAGAGAGCGCAUUCUUCGAAUGCGUUUCUGGGGACAGUCUACCUUCGGCUCAGAUCAGAUGGGAGAAAGAAGGAAAGCCGUUGGCUGAAGGAAUUCAAUUUCAGGUAAUACGGUGGGGAAAAAAACGAGCAGAAAACAGUGUUGACAAUGCAUAG